UUCCUUAUUUGGGUGACUCAAAUAGUAUCAUUGAAUUAUUGGUUUGUGUGAAGCCUAUAAAUGAUGCUACCAUAGAGGAAUUUCCCGUUACGUACUGUACGUCAUUAUGAGUAACGAUUUUUCUUAUCUAGUUUGUGAACUCGGGUUACGUUAGUAUAUUCUUAUUAUCAAUGGCUUGAAAUAGAUGACAUCAUUGUUUAGUCUUUGAAAAUAACUUGUUAUAGUUAUGAUAACAUGCCUCUACCUUCCUGGAAACUUCAUAUGUUCAUGGAAAUACCAGCGUGACGUGACAUCUAAGAAACGGAACAUGUCAUCAUUUUGACGUGUGCUUUCACAAAUAACAAGUAAUGACAGGAGGAUGAAAUUUAACUUAUUAUAAGUAAUGAUAUAUCUACAUAGAAUACAAGCAUGUCGCAUCUUAUUGAGUCUUUAUAAAAAUAAAGUAAAACCAAAAAAAUCUUGUGAAAGAUGUGCACUAACGCUAAGGCGCAUGCGCGGAGGCUGGAACCGAGGGUAUAUAAACGGGUGAACGCCGUGGCGCGCAGGCCAAUCGCGGGAACACCACACGAAGGUCCUGUGAGAGGGUUCAACUCAAAGUUCUUCUAUUUCAACUUUACCAAAAAUCCACCAACAUGCGUGAAUGCAUCUCCGUCCAUGUGGGCCAGGCUGGUGUGCAGAUGGGCAAUGCCUGCUGGGAGUUGUACUGCCUUGAGCAUGGCAUCCAGCCUGAUGGUCAGAUGCCCUCUGACAAGACCAUUGGGGUUGGCGAUGACUCCUUCAAUACUUUCUUCAGUGAAACUGGCUCAGGGAAACAUGUUCCUAGAGCAGUAUUUGUUGAUCUGGAGCCCUCAGUUGUUGAUGAGGUGCGUACAGGUGUGUACAGGCAGCUGUUCCAUCCUGAGCAGCUGAUCACCGGUAAGGAAGACGCUGCCAACAACUAUGCCCGUGGUCACUACACCAUUGGCAAGGAGAUUGUAGAUGUAGUGUUAGACAGGAUCCGUAAGCUGGCUGAUCAGUGCACUGGCCUGCAGGGCUUCCUCAUCUUCCACUCCUUUGGUGGUGGCACUGGCUCAGGGUUCACUUCUCUGUUGAUGGAAAGGCUUUCGGUUGACUAUGGCAAGAAGAGCAAGUUGGAGUUUGCUAUUUAUCCUGCCCCUCAGGUUGCCACUGCUGUUGUUGAGCCUUACAACUCCAUCCUGACCACCCACACCACCCUCGAACACUCCGACUGUGCCUUCAUGGUUGACAAUGAGGCCAUCUACGAUAUCUGCCGCAGGAACCUUGACAUUGAGCGCCCAUCUUACACCAAUCUCAACAGGCUUAUUGGCCAGAUCGUCUCUUCCAUUACUGCCUCUCUUAGAUUUGACGGUGCCCUCAAUGUAGAUCUGACGGAGUUCCAGACAAACUUGGUUCCCUAUCCUAGGAUCCACUUCCCCUUGGUCACCUAUGCACCGGUGAUUUCCUCUGAGAAGGCCUACCAUGAACAGUUGUCCGUAGCAGAAAUUACCAAUGCCUGCUUUGAGCCUGCCAACCAGAUGGUGAAGUGUGACCCACGACAUGGCAAGUACAUGGCCUGCUGCCUGUUGUACCGUGGUGAUGUGGUGCCCAAGGAUGUCAAUGCAGCCAUUGCCUCCAUCAAAACCAAAAGGUCCAUCCAGUUUGUGGACUGGUGUCCCACUGGGUUCAAGGUGGGCAUCAACUACCAGCCACCCACUGUGGUGCCUGGUGGUGACCUUGCCAAGGUGUCCCGUGCCGUGUGCAUGCUGUCCAAUACCACUGCCAUCGCUGAGGCCUGGGCACGCCUUGACCACAAGUUUGACCUGAUGUAUGCCAAGCGCGCCUUCGUGCACUGGUAUGUUGGUGAGGGCAUGGAGGAGGGUGAGUUCACAGAGGCUCGUGAAGACCUUGCUGCCCUGGAGAAGGAUUAUGAAGAGGUGGGCAUGGACUCCGCUGAUGGUGAGGACAUCGAGGGAGACGAGUACUAAGUGCUCACUUGUGCCAGCUGGUAUUAAAAACUUUCCUGGAGAUGAACAUUCCUAUCAUUUGAAUGAACAAAAUUCCAUGUUUUGGUACAUUCCAAAAAUAAAUGCCUAGCUCAAAAUUCAA